GUGCAGAACUGGGCAUGUUUAAUCCGAUGAUGAUCGUGCCCGGCACGUCUGCUGCAGUGGCGGGCGCCCUGCUCGCGAUGCCCGGGGCUGUCAAGAAGCUCCUGCGCUGCGCCACACGGCAGGGUGACACCCAGCACGGCCUGAGCCUCCUAUUUUGCCUCGUGCACAAGUGUGGGGCGCGCGGGGCGGCCGCAGUCGCCGCCGCGAGGGGCUGGCUGACGAGGCUCCUUGUGGUGGCGCGGAGCCAGCCCCGCUCCUUGAUGGGCGCCGUCAUGGUCGUCAACCUCAUGCGGGAUGACGCGCCGCAGGUGGUGGCGGCUGCGGUGCAUUCCGAGCCCCGGGCGCUCGCCGCCUCAGCCAAGCUGCUGGCUUGCCGCGAGCCCUGGGCCGAGCGGCUGGGGAUGCUGCUCUUGAAUGACGCGCUUCGGCAAGAAGCGUGGCCGGCGCGCGCCAGAACGUUGGAGAGUGUGGCGCGGGCGGUCAAGGCGGCCCCUGGUGCUUUAGAGGGCGCCGUGAACGCGCUGCGCUCCCGCUUGGACCGCGACACAAGCCCUGUCCCCACAAUUUCGGGCCGACUCUUCAGCCCCUCACGCGACGCCGCCCAGGCGGCCGCGGCGGAGGUGUUGGCUGCCCUGGCGCCGGCCCUGCCGCCUGCGCUGCUGUGCUCCACCCCAGACCUGCUCAGCAGCCUGGCUUCCUUGGUGGGCAAGAUGGAGGCUGCAGCCCGGGCCCUCGAUGACAUCACCAGGCUGGGCGGAGAGGAGGCGUGCGCAGCUGUGCUGCGCAGCGCGCCUGAAUUGCUGAGCGCCCUGUCGGCGGCCGAGGCCGGCGGCGGCGACGCGGGGGCGGCCGGCUUGGCGGCGCGCCUGCGGCUGCGCCUUGAGCACCAGCAGCGGCGGGCGGGGCAGCUGCAAGACAAGGUUUGCGCGGUCUGCGGCCGCGACGCCGGAGAUGGCGUCAAGCUGCGCGUGUACUGCUCCGAGGCCUGUGCCAAGUCGGCCUGGCGUGGUGGGCACAAGGCGGAGUGCGGCCAGCUGCGGCAGGCAAGGGGGCAGAAGGGGCAGUGA